UUAUUUGUGUAUACAGUUUGUUGGUUAUGAAUUCAAUGAUGGUUACCACUGUUUCAGUUGGUUUAUUAUUAAUUGUUUGAGGAAAUUUAUUGAAAUAUACGCCCUUCAGUUAUAGAAAUAAUUUGUUUAUAUUGUCAUAAGUGUUUUCAGUAAACAAUGUGUAGAAAAAAGAUUCUUUAUCUUAUCCUUUAUUAACUAUACUUAUUAGUUGUGGUUCCUUGAAAGAACAUAUGAUUGACACAUGUGUAACCUUAACAAAAUAGAAUCUUGAUGUAUUUUUGGUUCAAUCAUUCAAAAUUUUAAGUGCUUUUUAUCGAACAAUUGGAAUUUGCAUAUCAUAUAUAAUGGAUUUCAUUAAACAUUUACAUUGAAAAAUGCUAUUGGUGAAAAGAUAGCUAUGGGCAAGAAAUAUAUGGACCCGUGGUGUACUGGCGAGGUCUUCGAAUGGCUCUGUACCAUCAAGACAACAGAUAUAAAUUCAAAGUUGGGUUAUGGCACUUGGAUCUCAGACAUGGGGAUACUUACCGAAAAACCUUACAGUCUAUGUCAAUGGACGAGAAAUAUGUUGAAAAUAUCUGGGGUCUUCUGAAAAAUGCCAUACAAGAAAUCCAGAAAAAAAAUAAUUCAGGCUUGAGUUUUGAAGAACUUUACCGAAAUGCAUACACAAUGGUUUUGCAUAAACAUGGUGAACGCCUUUAUACUGGUUUGAAGGAAGUUGUGACUCAUCAUUUGGAAAGCAAGGUGAGGGAAGAUGUAUUGAAGUCUUUGAAUAAUAACUUCCUUCAAACUCUGAAUCAGGCAUGGAAUGAUCAUCAAACAUCUAUGGUGAUGAUAAGAGAUAUUUUAAUGUAUAUGGACAGAGUUUAUGUUCAGCAGAAUGAUGUGGAUAAUGUUUAUAAUUUAGGUCUCAUUGUCUUUAGAGAUCAGGUUGUGAGGUAUGGCUGUAUUCGGGAUCAUUUACGAGAAACACUUUUAGGUCUUGUAAUGCGAGAAAGAAAAGGAGAAGUUGUAGAUAGGAUGUCAAUAAAGAAUGCAUCACAGAUGCUCGUUAUACUAGGCAUUAACUCACGAUCUGUCUAUGAAGAAGAUUUUGAAAGACCUUUUCUUCACCAAUCUGCAGAAUUCUAUAAAAUGGAGAGCCAAAAGUUUUUGGCUGAAAAUUCUGCUUCUGUAUAUAUUAAAAAAGUUGAGGCAAGAAUUAAUGAGGAAGCUGAGAGAGCUAAACAUUACUUAGAUGAUUCAACUGAAGAAUAUAUUGUUGAAGUUGUUGAAACUGAAUUAAUCAAGAAACAUAUGAAAACUAUAGUUGAGAUGGAGAAUUCAGGAGUGGUGCACAUGCUAAUGCACCAAAAGACUGACGACUUAGCUUGUAUGUACAAACUUUUUUCUCGGGUGCCAGAUGGUCUUAAAACCAUUUCUGACUGUGUUUCACUUUACCUCAGGGAGCAGGGGAAGGCUCUUGUGGAAGAGCAAGAACCGUCCACUAAUGCAAUAACAUUUGUUCAGAACCUUUUAGAUUUGAAAGAUAAAUUAGAUCAUUUUCUUCACAAUUCUUUCAAUAAUGAUAAAAUUUUUAAACAUAUGAUUGCUGCUGAUUUUGAAUUUUUCUUAAAUCUUAAUCCUAAGUCUCCUGAGUACUUAUCGUUAUUUAUUGAUGAUAAACUGAAGAAAGGAGUUAAAGGAAUGACAGAACAGGAAAUAGAGGUAGUUUUAGAUAAGACAAUGGUCCUAUUCCGAUUCUUACAAGAGAAAGAUGUGUUUGAAAGGUAUUAUAAAAACCACCUGGCCAAACGUCUCCUUCUUAAUAAAUCUGUUUCAGAUGACAGUGAAAAAAAUAUGAUAUCAAAGUUAAAAACAGAAUGUGGUUGUCAGUUUACUUCUAAAUUGGAAGGUAUGUUCAAGGAUAUGACAGUUUCUAAUACAAUAAUGGAUGAGUUUAAAGAACACAUCACAUCUACAGGAGCUAAUCUGUAUGGAGUGGACCUGAGUGUCCGAGUGUUGACAACAGGUUUCUGGCCCACAAAUAGUGCCACACCCAACUGCACUAUACCUAUUGCUCCACGGAGUGCCUUCGAUGUGUUCAGGAGAUUUUAUUUAGGCAAACAUAGCGGAAGACAGUUAACAUUACAGCCACAGCUGGGCUCAGCUGACUUGAAUGCUGUUUUCUACGGUUCUCGUCGGGAGGACGAAGAAGGAGGAAAAGAUGGUGCAUCUUCUUCUGUAUCCGUUGCCUCUGGCGCUCCAAGGAAGCAUAUUAUUCAAGUGUCCACCUAUCAAAUGUGUGUCCUAAUGUUAUUUAAUAAAAGAGAAAAAUUAACGUAUGAAGAAAUACAAAAUGAGACUGACAUCCCAGAGAAGGAUUUGAUUAGAGCUCUUCAGUCAUUGGCUAUGGGUAAAGCUUCUCAACGGAUACUUAUCAAGUCCCCCAAAACUAAAGAAAUUGAACCUCCACAUCUGUUCUACAUCAAUGAUUCAUUUACUUCUAAACUGCACAGGGUCAAAAUACAAACUGUGGCUGCAAAGGGUGAAUCUGAACCAGAACGGAGAGAUACAAGAAGCAAAGUAGAUGAAGAUAGGAAACAUGAAAUAGAAGCAGCUAUUGUGAGGAUAAUGAAAGCUAGGAGACACAUGGCUCAUAAUGUUCUCGUGUCAGAGGUAACUGAACAACUUAAAAUAAGGUUCCUUCCAUCACCUGUUGUAAUUAAGAAGAGGAUAGAAAAUCUCAUUGAUAGGGAAUAUUUGGCACGAACAUCCGAAGACAGGAAAAUGUACACAUACGUUGCUUGAAGUCAGGCACAAUUAACAGUGAAACUUUGUGUGCAAUCAAUUUCCUACUCAGCACUAAUCAAUGCUCCUCCCUCCUGGGAAGUAGCAUUUCAUUUGUCAGUCAACUAAAUAAAAGGAAAUUUUCUCUGCUAUACUGUUUCUAUAUAGUUGUUUGUUGCGUAUCACGUUUUUGGGCCGGGCGUGACUGCGCUGACUGUGAUAACAGACUGAUAACGCGGAAUACCCUCCGCAGCUGUGCCCAGAUAUUUCUCUCUUUUUUCCUGCCUUUUCUAUCGAAAGACUUUUUUUAUCCCUGUACAUGCCAUGAAGUGCGUCGGCUUUCAGUUUCUUUUACUUUUGUCCUAGCUCCGAAUACCAAAACAAGCAAUUAAAAGAAAUAUAAAACUAUUAGGAAUAUAUAUUAUAUAUAUGAAUAUAAAUAAAGUUUGUACAGAUUAUAUUUAUGAUUAUAUUAUUACUGAUAAUCUUUAUUGUGCACUGUUGUCUGAAAGUGUUAUUUAUAAGUGAGUUGACUCAAUUAUAAAUCACAUCUUUGUCUUUAUUAUUUUUAUUACAAAAUAUAACGCUGUGAAUUUUUUCUUAUUUAUUAGGAGCCAAUUCCAGAUUGUUCUAACUAAAGAUCAUUUCCUUUCAAUAGAAGAUAUUUAUAGAUAUUUAUUUAUAAUAAAUCAUUGUACAUCAAAAUGACUGUAAAUAAAUUAUUUCUUGGUUUUAUAUGUCAUUU